AAAAAUAUUACAUAAAGGUUGAUUGAAUCACGCCACUUUCCUAAGUUAGAGUAAUUGAAUGCACAUGUGCUUGCUUUUUUAUAUUUUCCAGAAAUAUGUGCAACUAUUUUUGAUAGAGUUAUAAAGAAAAAAUAAAUUUUUUUUAACAACGUAUGCUGUUUUCGUACCCAUUAACCUAUCGCCAUUCAUAUAAUUGCACACAUUUCCAGCAAAACCUAAUUUUGGUGAUAUAGUAAUUAUAAUGACAUGUAUAAACUCGGUGUGACUGAUUAGUUUUUUUUACUUCAUAAUAUUUCCUCUUCAGAAUUGCUCGAAUCGUGUAAAAAGUGCGUGUAAAAGUGCAGUCACUCAAUCCGCUCUAUGAUCCAUGUAACAUGUAAUAAAAAAGGAUGAAUAAUUAUGCCAUUGUACGGCAAACUGGGUGAAAAAUCUAUACUCGAUCAAUAUUUACCCUCCAUGCAUUAAUCUUCGCUCUUCAUGUAUUAAUCUUUGGUCGCAUUCUUUCCACGUUGCUGUGUUCCAAUCCAAGCGAAAUACUUCCUAAUUGUUAUUAGAUAAACCUAUCACCUCUUAAUUAGCGCCUGCCACUCAUCCACCCACCAAUGGCGAAACAAUGCUUCAAAAUGACCCACUGUCAUCGGGGCAGAAAAUCGCCCCAGUUACGAUCUCAAAACUUUCCACAUCAUCAAUCUCCGUCAACGUGAAAUUCCCGGCUGAUGAUUUUCUCACGUUCAUCAGGGCGCAUCGAUACACGCGAAUGGUUCGAAAGAAAUCUCAGUCCUUUGCGUAGGGGAAACAGUCAUUACGAUCAGUCCGUUUCUGUCGUGCCGUCACUCUGCACUCUGUUCGAAAAGAUGCUUGUGACACUUAUAUUUCAACUGUGUGCGCUGCAGACAUACGCCAGCACGGAUGCCCCUCUUGGCUCCUCACUGGCGCUUUUGUGGUGCAUCGGUAACUGCAUCCUGUACGUGGGUGUGCUAACGUUCUGUAUCAUCGAGCGCAGAUGGUUGUUUGCCGAUGCACGCACCGGUACCGGCAUUAACUUUAUUCCCUUCAUCAAGACUUCCAUCACCAUCGUGACGCAUUUGGUGGUGCUACUGGAGGCGCUAAUAGCACGUGGCGUUUACCGUGCCCUAGACGUACGCGUAGCAUCGGUCGAUGGCGCACUGGGACAUUUGACGGAUAGGGCUGCUUCGAGAUUGGCCCGUGCUCGGACUCACUUCCGCAACAAACUGCUUCUCUUCUGUGCGUUCUGCUGCGCGAUCGAACUGGGAAUUCUGGCACUGGUUUACUCGGACCCCGUUCAGCUAGCGCUCUGGUGCCUCACCGUACCAUCGCUGGUUAUCAUUCGAUUGAAGCACCUUCACCACGCAUACCACAUUGACCGCCUAACCGCCCGGUUCGACAUCCUGCGGGAACAGCUGGAGUCUCUCGUCACCGAUGGGGUAUCCCCCGGGCGGCCCAAACCGACCGAGGCGACUGCUGUUCCCCCAAACGCCCAAACAUCUUUGAUCCGCUGGAAGAUGAACGGCCCUUCCCGACCGGCUGUCAUCGUGGACUCGUGGACGGGACUUUCGACGAUGAAAUCCCCGGUCAGCAUCGGUGCCACCUCCCAGGUGGAUCGUGUGCCUCUUCGGCGAAUGUUUGUGGCGAAAGGCACGUACCUAACGCUCUGGCACGCCUCGAAGGACCUGAACGGGUGCUGCGUCUACUCGCAGCUGGCCAAUCUGCUCCAGAACUUUAUCCAGUGCACGUGCGACCUGUACUCGCUGUACGCGCUGCUUUAUCUCAAUCAGCUCGACGAUAUUUUCGGUAAGUGGCCCAACCCACCUGGCUCACCAACCACCCCCUUGCUGACCUAUUGCACCUUUUGCUGGCUAAAAAUACAUUUCCCCCUUCGGUUGCACUGGGAGGCCAAACGGAAGGCUAUUGAUUUUUGUACCAUCAUAAAUUUUCACCCUUUCAUCCUGUUGGCGCUAGCGGUUAAAGCAAAAAAAAUGCUAAAGUGUAAAAUUUUUAUGAGCGAUAGAACAAAGAAAGCCGAAAAAAGGGGCAAGGCAGAUAGAACAGAACAUAAACCUCUUCUCACGUCUUUGGUUGCAGCGUACAUCCUCAGCAUCGUGGCCACCUUUACCGCGCUCGGUGUUGUGCUGGCGGCGUGUGAAAACUGCAAGAACCAGGUAAGCACCUGGCCAGGUCAUCCAGUUAGACAGUCGCUUCCAAUCGCGUGUGUUUUGCAUCCGUUUUGCAGGUUGGCCAGAUGGGACAGUUGCUGUACAAACGGCUGCACGGUGAUGAGGCAGAUUUGCUCGCGAAAAUGGUUCGUAUUCGGUCCCGUACUCCCUUGUGUCGGUCAUUGUUACGGUGACACGGUGUCACGUUGCAAUAUGAUGGAGCGUGUGCUGUGUGCUUUCAGAUCUAAUCAGUCGAUAAAUAAGUAACAGAGCAAAUGGAGUAGCUUUGCUACAAAAAAUGACGAAUGAAGAAUACAGAGCGUAUGACUUAGACGAGGCUUACUGAUGGUGCAUUUCUGACAAGGGGCUCCAUUUGUACUUUUCUAUUUGUUUUUUUGUUGUUUUCUUUCUGAUUGACUCAUAUUAUUUUUUUGCAGUUAGAAAACUUUUCGCUCCUGCUUCAACACACUCCAAUGUCCUUUUCACUUGGUGGUUUCUUCGAUAUGGAUUUUGUGCUGCUGAAGGAGAUCGCAGCCGCUAUUACAACGUACAUGGUAAUUUUCAUACAAUUCAUGCCCAAGGAGGAUACGCCAACAGACGCAACCACUGCAAG